AUGAAAGCUUUGGUUGUCGAAGAACUCAAGAACUACUUCCGUCCAGAGUUGUUGAACAGGAUAGAUGAAAUCGUCAUUUUCAGACAGCUCGAGCAGGCUCAGAUGAUGGAGAUCCUGAACUUGAUGUUACAAGACUUGAAGUCGAGGCUUGUGGCACUUGGAGUCGGUUUAGAGGUGUCUGAGCCUGUCAAGGAGCUUAUCUGCAGACAAGGCUAUGAUCAGGCCUACGGUGCAAGACUACUCCGUAGAACCGUCACAGAGAUUGUUGAAGAUCCACUCAGUGAAGCCUUUCUUGCUGGGAGCUUCAAGCCUGGUGACACGGCGUUUGUGGUUCUCGAUGAUACUGGAAACCCUUCGGUUCGGACCAAACCAGAUUCUUACAACGUACGCGUUACAGACAAGACAUCAAUCGCAUAA